AUGCUUCGUUGCGCUGGUGCUCGCUCGAUCGCCCUCCUGUUGGUCGGGUUAGCGACUAAAUCCGUCCUCGGCGCUGUCACGCCAACCGCGCCGGGCCCCGGCGUAACCUUUGACGUGGGUGGACAAUGCUCAUUCACGUGGACCGCCGAUACCACAAACGUGAGUGCUUUGCGUCUUUUGGUCUGGAGUGGGAUUGAAAGUGGUGCUCGCGAACUUAAUCUUUCGUCGAAGCCACUCGAGUGCACUGGGGUCGCUUCCACGGCCGAUUCCGUCUUGUCCGUCGGGCGACGCCCUCGCGAGUGAGACGGCCAACAAAAGGAGGCGCGGUAGGCGGACCCCGACCACCUGCUGUCGAGCGAAGCAACCGCUAUGACGUCCUCAGAGCAUAAACUUUCUUCGGGAGCAUAUCAUGACGCCUCAUGUGGUUGGGGGCCUCCCCAAGGGUCGUGUAAUCACUCGAUUGGGACCGACUGCGAGGGGCAGCCCUGGCCACGCGCGUCCUUCAACGAACGAAAUGUCGCCAGACCAAACGCCCGACACGCCAAGAGACUCUUCGGCUGACCUCAAGGCUCUUCCCUUCCCCCAUCCCUUGCGCGGCGCAGACAUGGACCUCGUUCGAUGUUGAUCUCAUGUCGGGCUCGAACCAAGCCAUGUCGGUCGUGACUCGUGUCACAAGUGGUCUGGAUGGCACCAAGUCCGGCACCGCGACCUUCACCUGCCCCGACGUGACGCCCAACAGCGCGAUCUACUUUUUCCAAUUCACCAUGAGCGAUGCCGACCCGCAGUGGACGACGAGGUUCACCAUUGCAUCCUCCACAGGUGCGACUACCACACCCGCACACUCGACCCAAAGUGAUGGAUCUGCGAUCCCUUGGGGCGUCGGAACCUUGGCCGGCGGAGCCGCAGCCAACUCUUCCUUAACCGCGACCCGACGAACAUCGUCCACUAGGACGCUUUCCAGUUCGACUGUGUCUAGCACUACGACAACAGUGACGACGACCGUGCCCGCCUCACCGACCACGACGGCCGUUUCCGGCACCAUCACGACUUCUUCCAGCACUCCUGACAGCACUUCUGACACGGCUUUGCCUUCCUCUUCCUAUUCCUCGUCGUCGUCCUCCGCGAGUACGAGCGCGAGCGCCACCGCCACCGCCGCUGCCGCUACAGGAGGUGCCUUCUUCUCGACUUGGCCCAUGGGAGGCAAGAUUGGUUUCUUCGUCGGUAUCGGCGUCGCGGGCUUGAUCGUCGUCGCUCUACUUAUCUGGCUCGGCAUCCAUCUGUGCCGACGCCGCGAGGACGACGGUCCCGAGAACUUUGUCAACGAAUGGGACACCGUCGAUCAAGACCCUUACUACGCGAACCAGAACCAAUCGACCGUGCACGCUGGAGCCGCCGCCGCUCAUGACGAAGAUGCGGGGUACGCGUCGGAAAAGGUCUACGGUCGAUCCCAGGUCGACGACCUUUACGCCGCGACGUCGCGCAUUCCCGGGGGUGGCCACGAGGCGUACCCAUUGGUCUCGAGAGGCGGCGAGGCGGCGUACAACCACUCCACCGCUGACUUUGCCGCUUACCCGCACAACGACUACCCUCAACGCGCCGUCUCUCCAUCGAACUAUGGCGGUGCUGCCGACGAGUCUUUCCCCCACGGCUACCAAGAUACCACGAACCAGCCGCAGCAUCGUUGGUGA